CAGAAGCCACAACCACAUAACAGCACAGAUACAUGCACUGAUACAUGCUUGAUUGGCAAAAGCUAAUGCACCACAUUUCAUAUAUCUUGCUCUUCUACAAUUUUAUGGUGAAAGCAAAGAUCAUCACAUUUAAAAAAGAAGAAGAAAAAAAAAAGAAUGACCAAUUAUUAGAAGGUAACACUCUACGAACUUGACCUGUAAAUAAUCAGAUGUGGCAUGUUAAAGUUAGGUGCUUUAAGGAUCAAGGGGACAUGAAAAAUGGGAGGAGAAGAUGAGGUGAAAGGGUGGAAAAACAUAUAACAUAUGAUCUCAACAGGAAGCUCUUGUUUCCUAUAAGUAAUUUCGCAAAUCUCUCCAUCAUUAAAUUACCAAACCCCCACAUCACUUUGUUUCUCGAAGGACACGACAACUGUGGUCUUCCCCACAAGCCACGUUCCUCAAAGACACAGCAUAAUAAUGGGCUCCAGCAUAAGAUGGAUGUGGAGAUGGAUAAAGAAACUCGCCAAGACUCUCAUUAUUGUAUUCCUGACCAUCAGCUUCGUUGGCUACAGUGUGUUGUUAUUGGUUGAUAAACAACAGCUCAAUGGCAGCAAUACGUCAAUCACAAACAAUAUCACCAUCCUUUUGUGGCACUGGCCGUACGGUAUCCGGUACAGCCUUGCGGGGAACGUGUGUCUGAGGGACUACGGCAUCUCUGGAUGUGUGCUAGUGGACAAUCGCAGUCUCAACGAGAGCGCCGAUCUGAUAGUCUUUCAUAACUGUGAGCUGAAGCUGCGGAGAGAACAUCUUCCAGUAAAUCUCCAUCGGCCCGCCAAACAGAGGUGGGUAUGGCUUUCGUUAGAAGCACCACAAAACAAUGGCAUCUUGUCGCAAUACAAAAACCUUUUCAACCUCACCAUGUCAUAUCACCCUCAUGCUGACAUCACUGUGCCCUACGGGAAGCUGUUACAGAGGAAGAAACCAGGUCUAGACUUUGUUAUCCCAACAAACAAGAGCUAUGAAGCCUGUUGGGUGGUUAGUAACUACCAGAAAAGCCACAGGAGGAGUGCAGUUUUCCAGGAGCUGAACAAGACCCUCAAUGUGCAAUUGUAUGGCCUUUUCGCUAAAAAAAAACUACCAAAGGAGGCCCUGCUCCCAACGAUUUCCCGCUGUUAUUUCUACCUAGCCUUUGAAAACACAAUAUCUCCGCACUAUAUCACAGAGAAACUGUGGAGAAACGCCUUCCAGGCUGGGGCCGUACCUGUGGUGCUGGGCCCGCCACGCAGAGACUAUGAAGCUGUGGCGCCUUCUAAAUCCUUCAUCCAUGUGGAUGAUUUUAAGUCUGUUAAGGCCCUGGCUGAGUACCUGAGAGGUCUAACUAAAGAUCCAAAGAAGUAUAGUUCAUAUUUUACCUGGCGACAAGACUAUACAGUCAAACUAUAUACAGACUGGAGAGAGAGAUUGUGCAAUAUCUGUCCCACCUUUGGAAAAUUUCCAACUCAAAAGGUUUAUGAGGAUCUGAGCUUGGAGAAAAUGGUAACGUAACAGGACACACAGAGAUGGAGUUUUUCAGUUCCUUGCCACUGUUGCCUUGGCUUGCUCAGCUGGGGAUAUUCAAAUUAAUUAACCAAUCAGUAAUUAACCUUAAUCAGCUCUACAAAUCGUGGAUGUUUGUAAUUAUGUUUUUUUGAUGAAAUCUAUAUUGUGAAAAGCGCCAUUUAAAAAGAAAAAAAAAGAAAAGAAAUAAAGAUGGGCACAAAUGCAUCAAAAAGUAUGUAAUUGCAAACACCUACUCAUCAAAUGUAUUUAAAUACAAGUAAUUUGUAAUUUGAAAAUGCAAAAUAUAAACAAAAUUUACAGUCUUGUGUAGUGUGAGAAUAAGUGUGGAGUUAGAUAGCCUACAAAUAUAAAAUAAAAUAUAAAAUAAAAAAGUAACACUUUGGUCACUCGCAGGUCAAUUGACUCACCCAGGAAUUAUUGGAAUACGAGAAAAGCUUCAGUAUGUCAUAGAAAAUGAAAUCUAAUAAAAAAAAUAAAUAAAUCAUUUUUGUCAUUUUGUUUUUGUAACUGAUUUGUUAGAGUGCAAGGGUGCAAGUCAUCACGUCACUUUGUAGGCCAAAACGCGGAAGCGAGUUAGCAUUUUAGCACUUUCAGUUCUCUCGCUCUAAAGUCUAUGGGAUUUUUGAAUGGGUUUUUGCUAAAUCACCAGAAAUAAGGUCUAUGGUGAACAAUAGGCGCCUAUUGGGUAUUUGACAAAAAAAGAACAGUUGGAAUGCAAAACCAUGUCCUAAGCGAAAACGUUAGCCUACAUGAGGCAAUCGUUUAUUUGAAGUCACGGUAGCCUACCUUUGAAUGAAGCACAUUGCUGGCGUGCACCUGCAGUACAUUAAACAGAAGUUCUGACGUCACUGACGUGAUCUAUACGCUGCUGAGGCCAAGGUGGCAAACUGAAACCGCAAUGUGAGAACCCUGUUUCCUCUCAUGUCAACAUGCAUAUCCUCCACAUGAAUUCUUGAAGCAUGGAAAGUCGGUCAGAUCUGUUUUGGGGGUGAGAAAGGCUAAAUGCAAACCCAUAGUCACACACACUUAGCCUAAAAAAAAUACUUGCAAUAUCUUUUGAAGCUGUGCCCAUUCAAGCUCUAUACAGCGUUGGACAAAAAUAAAAAUCAUUGGUUACAUUCUAGAUUGCAAAAAGAUAGAUUACCAAAUAGUUUAAAAAACUUUUAUAUAUGUGCCCUUUUGUUAUGAGAAUAAACUUGUUUUAAAGUUUU